AUGCCGUGCAGCACCGGCAGCACAACCGGCUUUUCGUCUCACCUCCACAACCCCUUCUUAGCCCUCGUUCACCCUUCCACGACCGAGUCACAGGGUGAAGCAUGGGGGUUUUCCCUGGUAUACACCGGCUCCUUUGCAGCGUACGUCGAGAAAGGCUCCCAGGGGUUGACACGCGUUUCGUUUGGCUUCCACCCGCACCAGUUGUCUUGGCCCUUGGGUCCCGGGGAAACCCUGGUGUCUCCAGAAUGUGUCGCUGUGUAUUCGAGCGAGGGCCUCGGUGGAAUGUCCCGGUCCCUGCACCGGCUAUACCGGAACCAUCUGAUCAAAAGCAAGUUUGCGACUAGUGGCCGACCAGUCCUCCUGAACAGCUGGGAGGGACUGUAUUUCGAUAUUGAUCAGGAUCGCAUGUAUCGCCUGGCAGAGCAGGCCGCGGAUCUUGGAAUGAAGCUGUUUGUUAUGGACGAUGGAUGGUUUGGCAAGGAGUUUCCUCGUACCUCUGAUAAUGCUGGGCUGGGAGACUGGGUGCCGAAUCCAGUGAGGUUUCCGGACGGUUUACCCGCGCUGGUAGAGAAGAUUACCAACCUCAAGGUGGCGGGUUCCACGGACAAUCUGGAGUUUGGCAUCUGGGUCGAACCGGAGAUGGUCAACCCCCAGUCGACCUUAUACAAGCAACACCCCGAAUGGGCCCUGCAUGCAGCGAAUUACCCCCGUACCGAGCAGCGGAACCAGCUGGUGCUGAAUCUCGCGCUCCGAGAGGUGCAGGACUUUAUCAUCAAAGCGAUUUCGGACAUAUUAGAGUGCGCCAACAUCACAUAUGUCAAGUGGGAUCAGAAUCGGGGAGUGUCCGAGAUGCCAUCGCCCAGCACCACACAUGCGUAUAUCCUGGGAAUGUACCGCGUGUUUGACGUGCUGACUACCCGCUUCCCAGACGUGCUUUGGGAGGGAUGUGCAUCGGGUGGCGGACGGUUUGAUCCUGGAAUCCUGCAGUACUUCCCACAGGUCUGGGCCUCUGACGACACCGACGCGGUGGAGCGGAUCACCAUCCAGUUUGGCAGCUCUCUUGUGUAUCCCCCGAGUUCCAUGGGCGCCCAUGUAUCAGCUGUUCCCAACCAUCAGACCGGGCGCAUUACCCCCUUCACGUUCCGAGCCCAUGUAGCCAUGAUGGGCGGAUCAUUCGGUUUCGAGCUGAAGCCUGAUGACAUCUCCGAGGAGGAGAGAGCGGCGAUCCCAGGGCUUAUUGCGCUCUGGGAAAAGAUCAAACCCCUCGUGCUGGAAGGCGACCUGUGGCGUCUCAGCCUGCCCGAGGAGUCGAACUGGCCAGCGGCGCUCUUUGUUUCCAACGACGGCUCGCAGGCGGUGCUGUUUUUCUUCCAGCUAGCGGCGAACCUGAAUCACACAAUGCCCCGGGUGCGGCUGCAGGGGCUGGAACGCGAAGUGAUGUAUCGCGUGGAUGGGCAGGGACCGUUUUCGGGGGCGAUGCUGAUGAAUCUUGGCCUGCAGUAUUCGUUUCAGACGAACUACGCCAGCAAGGUAGUUUUUCUAGAAAGACAAUGA